AGAACACACUUCACCAGGCAUGGUUUACCAACAGAAGUUUAGCACACAGACCCUCUGUGCAUUGUGCUGCGUGCGCUCAAGCUAAGGAGCCGCCUAAUCCACGAAGUUUCGCCUUUCGGCCGAAAAAAGUGGAUACCAACUCAGUGUCAUGUAGUAUACAGGAUGACGCGCAUUGAAGCCGGAAAAAACAGUCAGAUCGAGCAGCAAAUUUUCUUAGAAUUUUGAAAGAUCUAAAAAAUGUCAGACAACAUCUGGUUCACUGAUAUUUCUCUCGAGUUUAACAGCAUCUCUAAGUUCGCAAAUUCGGAUGGUUUUCAGUGGUUGAAGUAUGGCUCCAAGCUUCUGAAAAGUGCGGGUCACAGAAGAGCAUACUACCGCUGCAUCUCCAGCCUUCCCUGCUACAGCCUGUCCGGCUGCCCUCCCUGCCCGGCGCGUAAGCACAUCGACUUUGACGCGCAGCAGCAGUUCACCUCGGGGUCUCCCAGCACCAAGGUGACCUAUGAGGACAGCCACAACCACCCUCCUCCUGCCAUCCACCGCCGCAGACGGCGAAUCCCGCUGCAGCCAUGGUGUGUUGAGGGGAGUCAAGACACUCCCUUGCAGGCCUCUCUUGAUGACUCGUCUCAACACAUGCUGCUGCAGGGUUUGGUUGCUGAGGGGUUUCAAGACCCCCCCCUUCGGCCCUCUUCUGCUGACUCGCCUCAACUGCAGGGUUCUUGUGCUGAGGGGGGUCAAGUCACGCCCCUUCGGCCCUCAUCAGCUGACUCGCCUCAGCACAAGCGGCAGCAGAGAUGGUCUGCUGAGGCGCCGCAGAGCAGGGCUGUGCCGGGGUUGUGUGCUGAGGGGAUUCAAGACACGCCCAUGCAGGCCUCGUCUGCUGGCUCGCCUCAACAUAGGCGGCUGCAAGAAACGUCGGCUAAGGCGUCUCAAGUCAUGCUUCUGAGGGCGUCUUCCUCUGACUCGCCUCAACACAUGCGGCUGAAGGGGUUGUGUGCUGAGGUUCCGCAAAGCACAGCCGUGCGGGGAUUGUGUGCUGAGGGGAUUCGAGCCAUUCCCCUCAAGGCUUCAAUCUCUGACUCGCCUCAGCACAAGCGGCUACAGGGAUUGCGUGUUGAGGCUCCUCAGAGCAUGCCGACAGCUGCGGCUUUCUCUGGAAGUGAGAUUGAUGCCGCUCUUCAAAGUGACACGGCCUCGUCCCGGACAGUUGAGAAGCAGCUGGAGGUGUAUGAAGAGGUGCGAGCAGAGGCGCAGCCAGAGAUGCGGGAACAGAUGCGAGGCCGUGUCCCAAGUGUCGUGCAACGAUCGGACCCGGAACGUACAGACGAUCAGAGGUGGAUACAAGGACUGGGCCAGGUGAAGGUUCUGGCAGUGGAGCAGAAGCAUGCACGCGAACAGUCUCUGCUACAGUCUCUGGCAUGGAGGGAUUUUGCUGCUAAGGGGUUCCAAGGGUUGACAGAAGCCCAGAGGCGGGUACAAGGAGUGGAACAGGUGAGGGUAUCGAUAAUAGAGCAGAAGCAGGCUCAAAAACAGUCGCUGGGACAAGUGCAGGCAUGGAGGGGACGUGCUGCGGAGAGUUUCCAGGGACUGUCGCAGCUGGUGCAGCGUCAAAUACCUUCCGGUUGGCCGAAUAACCCCGUGUUUAGUGCUCUAGUAGAGCAGGGGGCAGCAGCACGGGCAGCAGCAAGUGCUGUGGCAAGGGAAGCAGCAGGGGCAGCAGCAGGGGCAGCAGCAGGGGCAGCAGCAGGGGCAGCAGCAGGGGCAGCAGCAGGGGCAGCAGCAGGGGCAGCAGCAGGGGCAGCAGCAGGGGAAGCAGCAGGGGCAGCAGCAGGGGCAGCAGCAGGGGCAGCAGCUCGGGAUGAACGAACCAAGACAGGGAGAGACUGCAGCGCUGCUGCGAGCUUUCGGUCGCCGUGGUGGCAGCACGACUUUCCCGGGGUAGAACCACGAGUCCUAGCUGUUACCAGCACAGCUUCUCAGGUCACCGCUAGCAUGCUUUGGGCUCAGACAAUGCCGAGCGCGAAAUUUGCUGCUGCAGCUGGUGCAGCGGCAAGGGUAGCAGCUGCUGCAGCAGCCUCUGCAGUGGCUGGAGGGUCUGCAGCUGCCUUUGGGGGUGUGGCAGCAGAUCCUACAGCUAGCGGUGCAGCUGAGCGUCAAGUCAAGAGUCCAUUUAAGGCAACACUUGGUGCAGCUAAUUCUUUGGAUGGAGCAGCAGUUACCUCUGUGGGUGUAACAGCAGCUCCUGCAGCUGGUGGUGCUUGUGAGCGUAUAGUCAACAGUCAGUUUGAGACAACACCUGAUGUAGCUGUUGGCUCAUCUGAAGCAACAGGUACCUUUGCGGACAAGGCAGGAGCUCCUGCAGCUGGCGCUGCAGCUGAACGUACGAUCAAGAGUACAUAUGAGACGACACCUGAUGCAGCAGCUAAUGCACUGGCUGGAACUCCAGCUAUCUCCAGGGGUGAAGCAGCCGUUCGCAGAUUUGGCCGUGCAGGUGAACGUACCGUCAAGAGGGAAUUAGAGACGACGCCUAAUGCAGCAGCCUACAAAAUGGCUGGAACAGCAGCUACCUCUGCGGGCGAUGCAGCAGAGCCUCGAACUGGCGGAGCAGCUGAGCGUACUGUCGAGAGUCCAAUUGAGACAGCCCCUGAUGCAGCUGAGGUAGGGGAGGAGAAUAGGGAGGAUACGAGGAAUGAGAGAUAUGGCUGUGAGGGGCUGGGAAAUAGAGGGGCAUGUGAGGACGUAGGGGGGAAGACGAGGAUACUGAGUAGGACUGUUCCAGUAGACUGUGAAGGAGCCGCUAUUAGAGGGUUUGAAACUGGUCAGAUGAGACAGGUGCGGGAGACAGGAACUGGUUCUCAGGGUAGUUUGGAGUCAGUUGGGGGCAGUGUGAAAAGAAAGCGGGAGCGUGCGUAUGAUGCGUGGCACGAGGAGAGGCUACUGGGAUGUGGGAGGGAUGUUGCUGACGGCUGGUUGGGGGGAUUCGGAACUGGAGGAUGGCUGGAGAGAGGGAGAAAUGGAGCAGCGGUACUGUUUCACGGAGACUUUAAGCGUGGUGGCUUGGCUAGUACCAGAAAAGACAGAACACAAAAUGGAAAAACUGAGGCAGGAAUAGAGUCCCCCCUGGAAGCAGGAGUUAGUGCUGGGAAGUGCGGACUUAGUUAUAGGAAUCUAGGCGUAGACUUGAUAAGAAAAAAUGUGCAACAGCGCACUGACAGGUGUUUAGUUGAAGUCAAUCGGGUUGGCGCUGGGGACAUUGCACCAGGGAGUGACAGUGCAGCUGCUGCAAGGGGAGCUAGAACGAGGGGCUUCUUUGUGGGAGGAGGAGGAGGAGGAGGAGGAGAAGGAGAAGAAGAAGUUGCACCAGUUGUGGGUGGCUUUACGGCUGGUGGGAGCAAUUCCGCAGGAAGGGAUGGUGCUGUGAGAGACUUCAUGAAAAGCAAGGGAGCUAGAGAAGACGGUGCCAGGGUGUUGCAGUGGCAAGAGAUUUUCCAGUCAGCUCAAGGGUUGACUGAGACACGAGAGUGGAAAGGUCUAACUGUUAUGCAACUUGCAGAGGAGAGCAGCAGAGGCGCACAUUCACUGGGAAUUGCAGGGAAUGGAGCAGCAGAAAGUGUCGCUGAAGCUCUGCAGCAGCAGCAGCAAACAGUGUUGCGUGCAGGAGAGUGUGCAGGUGCGCAUGCGGGAGAGCAUGCGGGAGAGAAUGCGCGAGAAGCUGUGGCACAAGGGUUACAGCAGCAGCCAGCUUUGCAUGGGUGGCGGACCUUUGAGGCGUGGAGAGCUCAACACUUCAGGAACCAGAGGGCACCCUUGUCACUCAAUCCGGCAAUGCAGCAGCUGCCGUCUUUUUCAGGGUCGUCAAGGAAUGGAGCAGCAGAGCUGGGUCCAGCUACACCUCUUUUGCGUGGAGAAGCUUCUCCUUAUAUUCGUGUGCGAAGCUCACCACUCGUACAAGGUGCCGAAUUCCGAGGAGAUCAGCUUGACAAGGUGCCGAGGAUACCCGAGGGGCAGAUUUUUGUGGCGGCACAGAAGGCAGGGGAUACGGCCAAGGAACCUCUGCAAUUUUUGGGAGGACUCGAGGGCAGAGACCAGAUCACCACCGAUUGUAUAAAGACUGCUGAAAGGCCGGAGAGGAGCUGGUGGAAGACAGGGGCUGUGGGGACCAAGGGAACCCUUGAAGCUCAACUGCAGAACCUCCUUGCACCAAAUGUGAAUGAGGAAGUCGUGGGAGAAGCUGGAGACGGUAUCAAGACAGCUCGGAAGCAGGAGAAACAAUGGUGGAUAUCAGGAGCUGUGGGGACCAAGGGUGAGUUUCUUGGAGAACUCCAGAAUAUUCCUGCACGGCAGUUGAGUGAGGGAGCCGCCGGUGUGCCUUCCCCAGUAGCAACUCAAGGGGUAUUGCAAGAAAGGUGCCUUGCUACAGAGAUAUUUACCAGGGGAGCUGUUCAGCGGAUCAGCCCAGCAGGAAGUUAUGCAGCAGCACGUCCUGCUACAUGCCCUGCUAGGGUUUCCACAGUUUUGCCACCUGUUUCUUUGAAUACCUUGAUGCCUGUGCAUGACACAUGCUAGUUGGUUAUUGUGGAAGUGUUUUCAGGCCCUUCUUGAUGGAAGUGGCUUGUUAUGUACCGGUAUGCUUGACUGGAAUAGAUGGGUUGUAGUACCUGGUAGCCAUCAGUUGAUACCUCUGAGGGAGCUGAACAGGGCGAUUUCAGGAUGUUUUAUCCCGAAUUGUUGUUGUGAUAAAUGAAGCUUUGCAUU